AUGGUGAUUAUUGUGGAUGAACCGAGCAGACCUACUCUUGAAAAGUAUGAUAAGUAUGUCAGUGCCGAACUCCCAGAUCAAAGCAAGCACCCCAAAGCGUAUGCUACAGUCGUUAGAAACAUGAUGCAUACUCCAUGCGGAAAAAACAUCAAUAAAAAAAGGCCAUGCUUAGAUGAUAAUUUCAAGUGCACCAAGCAAUAUCCAAAGCAAUACGCCGAAGAGACUUUCAUCGAUUCAAAAGAAUUUGUUCAUUACGAACGACGAAGUCAACCAAGAAGCAUGCCUGUCAAAUUUGGGGAUUAUUAUGCAGAUAAUCGAUGGGUCGUACCUCAUAACUUAUACUUGGUGACAAAGUAUGAUGCUCAUAUCAACGUUGAAAUUUGCGCAGGAGCCCAGGCAAUCAAAUAUCUUCACAAAUAUAUCACAAAGGGUAGUGACAAAUCUCAAGUCAAAUUAAGUAGAGACCAAGCCCAAGAUGUCAAUAUCACAACCAACGGCAAUACUGCCACUUCUACUAUGACAGCAGCAUCCACCUCUACGGUCACAUCAUCUGCUCCUACAGUAGGGCAGCCUCAAGAAGAUAAUAGCGAUAGAGACGAGAUCUCAACUUGGGUCAAUGCCAGAUACAUUUCCACGUCUGAAGCUUGCUGGCGCUUACUUGGAAAGAGUUUACACUCUACUUUUCCGUCAGUCACUCGACUGGCAGUUGAUCUUCCAGAUCAGCACAGGGUGUACUUUAACAACACUACUAUUGCCAAUGUCGUAAAUGCUGCCACAGCAAAGAAGACUACUCUGCAAGCAUUUUUUGAAUUGAACGCAUCAGGAGACGUCUUUGCGCAGAAUUUGCUUUAUAUUGAUGUCCCAAGACAUUCUUCAUUCGACAAAAAGCAGAAAAAAUGGGUAAAAAGAAGGCGAGGCAUCAACAGCCAGAACCGUGUUAAAGGGAUAGGCAGAAUGUAUUUCGUGCCUCCAAGUGCUGCUAAUAUGGAGAAAUACUGCAUGCGUCUACUUUUAUUGCAUGUUCGUGGCCCUCAAAGCUUUGAUAAUUUAAAAAACGUCCAUGGUGUUCAAUAUGUCACAUUUCGUGAAGCUGCUCAAUCCAUGGGACUCUUAGCAAACGAGGAUGAAUGGCAUUUUUGUCUGGAUGAAGGAUAUGCGAUGAUAAGAACUGGAUCCUCUCAGGUGCGAGAUCUUUUUGUAACCAUUCUGAUAUUUUGCACUAUCUCCACCUACAAACAACUAUGGGAUGAUCACAAGGUUCAACUGUCUGAAGACUUUAUUCAUGAAAUUCAACAAUCUCAAGCUGUUCCACAAGAAUUGACUGAUGCUCAGCUGGAAUUUUGCUAUCAAAAGGCAUUGACUGACAUUAGUAGAAAAUUAAUGACGCAUGGAAAAUCAGUCAAGAAUUAUCCUGAGCUGCCCCAAAUCGAUGAAUCUGUUCUCAAUCAGUAG